AUGGCGGAAAGAAGUACCCGACCUUCCAAUAUCUUCCCAACAACCAAGCGAAGUUCCAAGCCUAGUAUAUGGGAAGAUGACCCCUAUAAGAGGCGAGCCAAGGACCUCGCCAAGAAAGAAAGUAUAUUUCAUGGUGACCAGCACCUAGAGAGCAGGACGAGAGAGAUGUUGAAUAAGAGUAAAUGGGGCAGUAAAUCGAGUUAUUCAGAUCGAAUUAAAUACACCUCAGGCUCGGGUCUAUCAGGGGGAAAUCGUACCACUUCAACCUCAUCUUCGAAAAAGAGUCAUAAGAGUACGGGCAAUGCUCGUGAUACGACGUCAUAUGGAUUGGGACCAGAUGAAGAACCUAGAUUCCCCGUGCCUAGAAGAAUAGGAACGCUCUCUGAUCUUAUGACACCUAGACAUCUGGAGAGGAGGAGAUUCUCGGAUGGCCAGAUUGGAGUUAUGAGCUGGAUAGCUUCGAGUGGCCAUAAACCGAGUCGUACAAGGCGUUACUGA